AUGCCUCCCAAGACCCCCAAGGCCGCCACCGGCGGUGAAGGGCCGGAUGGCCGCAAACAGCCGACUGCUCAGGAGGCCUUCCUGUUCUACACCAUCAUCAAGAACAUGAAGGGCAAGCCCGAGAUCGACUGGGCAGCUGUUGCCGUUGAUGCCAACUUCAAGAAUGCCGAGACCGCGAAGGUCCGUUACGGCCAAAUCAAGCGCAAGCUCGGCUUGGACACCUGGAAUGCUGCCAAACCAAAGGACGGCAACGAUGCGGCCGGUGAAGAGGGCACUCCGAAGACCCCGGCCACUAGUCGCUCCAAGAAAACAGCGUCGACCCCGGGUACCGGCGCCGGCGUCAAGAAGCGCGGCAGCACCAGCAAGAGCGCGGCUGCCACCACUCCGAGCGGCGGCCGCGGCCGUAAGAGCUCCAAGUCCAACGCCAUCAUCAAGGCAGAGGACGCCGACGAUGAGGGAAGCUUCCACGACGUCGAUGACUACGACAACAACAUGAUGAUGGACCUCGGCGCGCCCAUCAAGCCCGAGUUCGGAAACACCAACUUCACCACCGGCGGCAGCAGCAGCCUGAGCUCCGUCGCGGCCGAAUACGCCAACUUCCCCGCGGCCAUCCCGGACAUGGUGCUGGAGCGCAAGGCGAUCCUGGUCAACGUCAACGGGACCUGGACCGUCUCGCCGGCCCCCAUCGAGGUCCACGCGCAGUGGCUCGCCCGCCUGCCGGCGCACAUCCAAUCGCUGUUCUACACCCAGGCCCAGGUGACCGCCAGCACCAGCCGGGCCAUCAACAACAUCAACAACAUCAACAACAACAAGAACGGCGCCGCCACCAAGGGCUUCCUCGCCGACGACGAGGACGAUCUCAACGCCGGCACCAACCACGCCGACCAUGACGCUCACGACAACGACGAGCACCCUGCCGCCCAACAACUGCUGCGCGAGACCUUCCAGGCAGCCGGCCACCCCCACCCCCAUCAUCACCAGCACAUCGCGCUCUCCGACGUGCACGUCAACAUGCCGGUGCCCAUGCCGAUGGACAUGGCCGCGGAGAUGGAGAUGGGCUACCGCGUUGGCGGCGGCGGCGGCGCUGGCGGCGGUGUUGGUGCUGGUGCAGGUGGUUGUGGUGGCAGGGACAUUGACCUGCACUCCAUCCCCAUGCACCCGUCGUACAUGGAGCAGCUGGAGCGGGAGACGCGCGAGCUGGAGGAGCUGGACCGCGCGGCGCUGUUCGGGGGCGGCGGCGAUGAUCAGGACGGGUACUGA